CAGCUAUAGGUAGAAAAAUAAACACGGCAUAAAAAAGAGAGGCUCCUCUACGCCUACUGUUUGAUCAAAAUAGCAUAAACUGAGACUUAGGAUCGUCUAUUUAUUUCUUAACUUGGGAUCCGAGUUUUAUUACUUUGGUUACUUUGGUUCUCGCCUGUAUGUGGCGCUACUAUCGCUACGAGUAGCCUGGUAUUGAGGUAUACCUCAAGUGGUCCAGUGCUUAUUAACAGAUACUGUUAGGCUUCAAAAUGCCUUUGCAGAGUAACGUGGAUGCGCGACGCCACGUUACAACGAGUAAGCUGGGCAUCGUUGUGGGUGAAGGCUGUCAACAGGUUGAAACAUCCGAGGAAAACUCUGCCAAGUCUGCUCCCGACCUGCGGAGAGAGGGUUUAGAGGGAUCACCUAAGCCUUCCACUAAGUGCAAAAGGAACAAAUUUCGUACUCCCAAGACUCAUAGUGCCUUUGCAAAAGCAGGAAACUGGUUGGAUAGUGCUCGUAGGGUUCUGAGGGCUGCUGGCCGACUAGCAUCCGGCAUGGGGAACGGUGCUAGCGGUCCCAGCAACAGUCUAGGGGACUCGCGGUCCUCCAGCCUGCGGAGCGAUUCCCCUGAAAAGUUAGGGAAAAAGAACUUUCUAGGGGAGCCAGCUUUUAGUGAAGAUCUGAUUCCCGUUCUGAAAGAAGAGCUCAGAGAAAGAGAGGAAGAGGUAGAGCGACUGGAUUUGGAACUUGGGGAGACAAGAAAAAUUCUGGAAAAUCGGGAGGAAGAGAUCUUACGACUGAAUAGAGAAAUUCAUAAGUUAAAGUCGGUUCUUCAUGCUACAUCAGGGAGCAAGAAUGGGAAGAUGGAUAUUUUGGCCACUCUUCACCAGCAGCACUCUAUGGCUGGGCAGGGUGCCCUCACAAAAAAGCAGGGCGUAUCUGGAGAGAGCGCUCGCACUCGAACUCAUGCUGAGAACUACUGUAUCCAGAGCCACGAGAAGGACUUUCGAUGCUAUUACGCUGUAUCUGCAUUUUGUCUACUUAAACCAACCAGAAAAGGAGAUUUGGAAGUUUUGAAGGAUGGUAAAGUCUUAGGAAGAAUGGGUCCUGGAAAAGCUUUUGGUGAACUGGCCAUCUUAUACAACUGUACCCGGACAGCAAGUGUCAAAGACUGGCCAUGGUUUGACAUAAAGACAGCUGGGGACUUUCUUUGGGAAUUACUGUCGAAUUUGGGUCUCUUAUAUAAAUAUCGAUGUCUUGAAAAAAUAACAAACCCGUGCACUUGCACGUUCGUCAGUAUGGGUUCAAGAACAGAAACUUGCCUAAUUCUGAUGUCUGAGAAAAUAAAGAACAAAAAUGUCGUGCCUUUAUUACAAAACUUGAGCAACGAAAUCCUAGCAAAAAUGGCUGAUGUUUUAGAAGUGGACUUUUACCCAGCUCAUGAAUAUAUUAUACGCCAGGGGGCUACAGGAGAUACGUUCUUUAUUAUCAGCCAUGGAAAGGUUAAAGUGACCCAAAAAGUCUUCGGGCAAACGAACGAGGAAGAGAUAAGAACUCUUGGAAGAGGUGAAUAUUUCGGAGAACAAGCACUUCUAAGGCCAAGCAGCGUGACGUCGAUCCCAACCGAACAAAUAUCAGAAUAUCCCGAAAUACGACUGGAUGAUCUUGAUGUCAUAGCUACAUUAGGAAUUGGUGGAUUUGGAAGAGUUGAGCUGGUACAAUACACGCUGGACAAGAGUAUGACCUUUGCUCUCAAGUGCCUAAAAAAGUCCCAUAUCGUCGAAACUCAGCAGCAGGAACACAUUAUCAGUGAAAAGUCAAUCAUGAUGGGAUGCCGGCAUCCAUUUAUUUGCAGAUUAUACACAACAUUUAAAGAUAAAAAGUACGUAUACAUGAUGAUGGAAGCAUGUUUAGGAGGCGAAGUCUGGACUAUACUUCGAGACAGAGGAACUUUCGACGACACUACAACCAGAUUUUACACUGCUUGCGUGGUCGAAGCAGUAAAAUACCUCCACAGUAAACACAUUCUCUACAGAGACCUGAAACCAGAAAAUCUGCUUUUGGAUUCCCACGGCUAUGCGAAACUUGUUGACUUUGGUUUUUCGAAACUAUUAAUCAACGGACAAAAAACGUGGACUUUUUGUGGUACUCCAGAGUACGUGGCUCCAGAAAUAAUAUUGAACAAAGGUCAUGACAAGGCUGUUGACUAUUGGUCAAUUGGAAUUUUGAUGUACGAACUCUUCACAGGAAUGCCACCUUUCACUGCAUCAGACCCAAUGAAAACAUACAAUAUUAUUCUAAAGGGUAUCGAUAUGAUUGACUUCCCGAGAAAUAUCAGUCGCAAUGCCCAAUCCCUUAUUAAACGGCUGUGCCGGGAGAAUCCCACCGAACGGCUUGGAUAUCAGAAAGGUGGUAUCACUGACAUUAAGAAGCAUAAAUGGUUCCAGGGAUUUGAUUGGGAUGGCCUUUUGGCAAGGACGUUAUCGCCACCGAUAUUGCCAAAGGUUUGUUUCUUAUUUCUAUACGAAUACUGGGAAUAGAUCUUUAAUUUAUCG